CCAAACUCCAUCAUCGUAGGUUCGUAGCGAAGUAAAGCCAACAUUUUUGUACCAGAAAUGAGCACUAAGGAAGAGGCGAUGGAGCUGGAUCCAUCUGAAUCUCAAUCAUUGAAGCAGAAGGCCGAGGCUCUUCAUCGUUUGGCGACAGGUCCAUUGUCUUCUUCUCUCAAUAAGCUUUCGGGUUCCUCUCGUGGCCUACCAUCCGCUAAAGAAUUUCAUUACUUUUACAAUUUCAAUGAGUUCAAGGCGCCGAUCAAGGAGAUUGCCAACAAAUCGAAAUCAAUUCUUGAACUUAUCGGCUCUUCUCCGCAGUUGUCAGGGCAAGAUGUCCAGAUUCCGGAUGAUCUAGACGAAGCAUACGAUUGGCUGGUGAAUUUGAACGACGAUCUGUACGAAAGGGUUGAUGUGUCUGCCGACGAGUUCAAGAAUGUGAGGAAGAAAGAGGAGGAGACUGGGGUUAGAAUGAUGGAUUCUGAAGAUGGAUUUGAGUUGGUUUGUGGAAAGAAAAAGAAAAAGAACAAGAACGGAGCAGGUCCGGUAGUGGGGGCAGCAGCUAGGGAAGAUGAUUCUAGUCAUUCCGUGCGAGUAGUUACAAGGGAUAUGAAGGCUGCAGAAACAAAACCUAAAGUGCCAUUUCACAUCCCUUCUAUACCUCGCCCCCAGGACGUGUAUAAGAUGGUUAUUAACAACUCAAAUCAGCCGUUUGAGCAUGUCUGGCUGCAGAACAGUGAUGAUUGUUCCAUCUACAAGCACCCCUUGGAGGCAUUUUCAUUCGAGGAUUUUGUUGAUAAAGAUGUUGAGCACCUGGAACCAGUGAAACCACUUUCAUUGGAUGAUACUCCUUUCAAGUUUGUGGAUAAUGUCAAUGAUUUGAAGUUGUUGGCUGCAAAGCUAAGAAGUGUUAAUGAAUUUGCGGUUGAUUUGGAGCAUAAUCAUUAUCGAUCGUUUCAAGGCUUGACUUGUGUGAUGCAAAUUUCAACUCGAGCUGAAGAUUUUGUUGUGGAUACAUUGAAGCUUCGUAUUCAUAUUGGUCCUUAUCUCAGGGAAGUUUUCAAAGAUCCCACAAAGAAAAAAGUUAUUCAUGGCUCAGACCGUGACAUUUUAUGGCUUCAGAGGGACUUUGGCAUAUAUAUCUGCAACAUGUUUGAUACUGGGCAGGCUUCAAGGGUGUUAAAACUGGAAAGAAAUAGUUUGGAGUAUCUUCUUGCUCAUCUUUGUGAAGUCACAGCCAACAAAAUAUAUCAAAAGGCAGAUUGGAGACUCCGUCCUCUUCCUUGUGAAAUGAUAAAAUAUGCCAGAGAAGAUACACACUAUCUCUUGUACAUGUAUGACCUGUUAAGAAUCAGGUUGUGUUCAUCAACAUCUCAACUUGAUGCAGCUAAUCCCUUGGCAGAGGUCUACAAACGCAGUUAUGAUCUGUGCAUGCAGCUUUAUGAGAAAGAACUAUUAACCGAAGAUUCAUAUCUUCAAAUUUAUGGUUUGCAGAAUGCUGAUUUGAAUGCUCAGCAGCUUGCUGUUGUUGCAGGACUUUGUGAGUGGAGAGAUUUUAUUGCCCGCUCAGAAGAUGAGAGUACUGGUUACAUAUUGCCAAAUAAAUCUCUUAUUGAUAUUGCAAAAGUGAUGCCUACCACGACAAAAACCUUGCACGAUGCAGUAGUGAGAGCCAAGUAUGUGGAGGCAAAUCUUGGUCCACUGGUUAACAUUAUAAAGCGUUCUAUGAAAAAUGCUUCCGCAUUCGAAGCUGCUGUGGAGUAUCUGAAGGAGAAACGUCUUGCAAUGGAAGCCAGACAGAAUAUAGAUUUAAUAGAUGAUUCUCAAACCCCUCCUGUUGAAUGUGUUGCUGCCACAACCGAAACUCUAGGAAAUCAUAACAGUUCUGAAUCCACUCCAAUCACUGAUUGUUCUAAUGCCACUAAUGUUAGCAAAAAUGAACAAGGAAAUGAUUUGAUGGAUCAUGAUCAAAAUAGCAGUAUGAAGAAUAAAGAAGAUGAAACAGUUAUCAAGUCCAUGCAAGAAGUUCAAUUCAAUCCUACUUUGCAAUCUGCAACUAGAGCAAUUGUUCAAGUGCAGAAGAAGCCUAGCCGUGGGUUUGGAGCAAUGUUUGGGAACUCCUCAACAAAAAGGAAACUUGAUUCUCAUAAAAAGGAAGCCGAAGUGAAGUUAGAGAAGAUCAGAUCUUUGAUGGCCAUCCCUGCCAUCUCUUUCCCUGUUCAGAUUCAACAGACUCAGCCUCCUAUUCAACCCGUCUCUUCUGAAACCUCUAAAAUGGAAGAAACUAUACAUUUGGACGGCAACCCGAUUGUUGAGGAGCCAGAAGCCAGUGAACCCAUAAUAGAAGAACAUGGCAAGGAAAAUGGGAAAGACAAGACCAAAAAAUCCCAAGAUGAUAUUUUAUACUUUUCUAGCGAUUCAGAGGAUGAGGAGCCGAAUUCAUCUCUUCAAGCUGAAAAUGAGCAAUCGGAUGAACAAAGAAAGAAAUCAGGUGAGAAUAUGUCACUUUCUGAUUUGUCAUCCAGCUUUGAAAAGUGUUUCGAGUCAUUGAACCAAAAGGGAAAUCCUAAACAAUCCCAGAAAAGAGUUGAAGAAUUGUUGGAAGUGAAGCCAUUCGAUUAUGAAGUUGCUAGGAAAGAGUUCAAGAUCGGUAACGAAGUUCGAGGUAAUGAAGAACAAAAAGGAAAAGGGAACAAGGAUAGGAAGAAGAAGAAGAACAACAACCGUGCUGAUAAGGUUGAAGGGGGGGAAGUAGAAUUUGCUCAGGGGAGAAGGCGACAGGCUUUUCCAAUGACUGGGAACAGAAGUUCCACUUUUCGGAAAUGAGUAAAUUAAUUUUCUAGUCAUUACAAAGCAAAUUUCAUUCAGUUUUUUUUUUCCCGUGUAGUGGGAUCACAUUUGAAAUUUAUAAUGGGACUUUAUAAGAAAUUUAUUAUGUUUUCCGUGUAAGAUUUGGAUCCUGAUGUAUUCAAUCAUAAACAGAAUUGUUUUCAAAUGAGGCUAAGUUUCUAUGUGUAAUGGGAAAUAUAAUUGAAAUUUUUUACCUUUCAUA